AUGGAGGAUAAUCAAGCGACCAAAGCUCCCUUAAUGAGGAGUGCUGAUUAUGCAAAUCUCAACAUGAUGGUAGAGAAUGAAGCAAACACAGCUGUAGAGGAAACAGACAGUAACCAAGGAAGAUCCCUCAGUGCUUCCUCUACUGCUGAGGAGUUAUCAACGGAAUCAACGACAGCAUCUGACCAGCGUUCUAACAAGACCACGAUGUCAUUGGUGGUUGGGUUUUGGGCAGCAGAAGAGAAUGCAAACCAUCACCCUCACCGAGCCGAGAUUGAAUCUGCCAUGCUGGCCAACUUGGACAACCCCGUAUUUGAUCAAAUGGUGGUAAUCCUGGAUUCAGUAACACAAACAUCCAGCUGUGCACACUUCCUUCAGCGCAUGAAAAUGCUGCGUGAGCAGUCCACUGUGACGACAUCUCGGUCCGUUGAACUGACCUGUAUUUCUGUGGAGGGCUCACAACCAAAUUAUUUUGAAAUGUUCAACUACACAUUGCAUCCUGCGGUCACAGGUGAAAUCAUCGUUAUGAGCAAUGCAGAUCAAGCCUUUGAUGAGACAAUCAACUUGGCCAAGCAAAUGAAGGACAACCAAGUCUUGGUUACCUCUACUCAUGGAUACUUCAGCCCAAUUGGAGGAACAAUGGUUGUACCUGACAAACUUCAAAUGCACUACAAUCACCAUGUUCCUCCUUUAGGUGAGGUUGGUUCCAAUAUGACAUGGGGAAGGUGCUAUGUGAACCGUUUCUUAAAGGAAGAGUUUGAGAAAGACGGCAAUUACAGUGAUUCAUGGGAUACAUUCAUCUAUAGAAAGGAAAUGAUCCGCGCUACACUGGCACCCCACCAUUUCUUGCGAACUUCUGUGCAGGACCAAAAUAUUCCUUUCAUGAUGAAUGAAAAUGGUGCUGAACAUAGUGCACUCGCAAGUUUGGUUCUCAACAUUGAACCCAGACCGAUAUUGUGGAAUGUGUGCAAGCAAAUCCAUAGUUGGCACUUCCAUUUGGCUCCCAAAACACAUCGAACAUCCGAACGAAUUUGGCCGUUUUUUGAAGAUACUCUGAUUUUCAAUGGAGAUGCUGGCCAGAAGGACCUUAUGACUGGUCAACCAUACGAGUAUGUUCCGAAACCGUGGAAGAAUGCCAAGAUGUGUACAGACCCCUACUGUCGAGCAAAUAUAUUUGACGGAACAGCAGGAUUGGAAGAGGCUGAGGCAAACUUCGAUCCUGAAUGUCCUUCUGAGAGUUUAAGGAAGGUAUUGAACAAACGCGAAUUUGAAUCAAUUUUUUGUUAG